GGACUGGGGGGUGUAUCGGUAUUGAGGGAGGUGUAAGCCCUACAACUGAAGGGACAAUGGUGAUUAGGCCUUCCUUCCAUCAUCAUCCAGAUCCAAGCGAAGCUUGAAGAAGAACCAGGUCAACGUGAGAACACACAACUUCAUUUCAUCAUCGGCGAUGGUAACGGCGUAAAUGGAGUUCAAGGCGCGAGCGAGAAAAUCAUCGAAAACUCUUCCGUUCGAGCAACAACGGCACGCGUUCUCCAAUCGCCAUGAUUCGAAGACUCAACAAUUCGUGGAUUCGCAAUCAGUACUCAAAUAUGGCUCGCGUGGUUCCAACAUCAUUUCGGCUCAAAGACGACUUGCGUUGAUACCGCAUGCGCAAACGGAAAGAAGACGACGUUAUAAUCGAAUUGGGAAGACUCACCAGAUCUAAGCUUGGAUUGCGGACAGGCUUCAGAGGUUGUGCGUGAUGGUGAACUUGAGAAGUUGAAUCCGAACGGCUUCGAAUCAGUGAUGGAUGGAGAUGAUGAGGAGCGGUGAGGACGAAGAAGUUUGAGCGCAAUAGCUCUGUUGCAGGUUUUGUAGAAGAAAUUGCCGAUGAAAGAGAUGAAUGGAGAGUUGAGUCCAAUUGGUGAAGAACUCAGAAAGAUAGAAGGUGAUGGAAAGAAAUGGAAUCCGAUUUUGGUUGAAGGAUCCUCUAGAGCUUGGUUAAAGGUUGAACUUAUUGGUUGUGAGUCGAAAGCUGUUUUGAACUGUGGUGUUCGCGUUUUGGAGGUUGGCUAUGGCUUAGAGCUUGGCGCUUGCACUGCUGCGUUUUGGUGUUGUUGCAGUUUGGCGUGCGUUUUGUUGGAGGCUCGUGCAUUAGCUGCGUUUUGCAACUCUGAGUUGUUGUGGCUUGCAGCUUUUGGAAGCGUGGGCUGCACAUUGUAGCAGCUGUAUUACUUCAUUUGCUUUUUUUUUCUCCAUUUCAUUUUAUCUAGUAAAUUGGAUUUGAAUUUUUUUAGUUUAUUAAAUGGAUAUGGUUUAAUUGGAUAUGACUUGGACAUGGGUUAUUGUAUUAAAGUGGACCUGAAUUGGAUAUUUGGUUUGAUAACAUUGGUUAAUGAGCAAAAGUUGGAUAUUGGAUUCA